AUAUUUAAGCUCUGUCGACAUUGGUAUCAUAAAUGAGGAAGUACAAAAUAUUCACUCAUUUAAAGCAUUAAAAUGGAAAACUAGAAUUCAAUUGCAAUAAUUUGUCAUUGGCUAUGUUCAUAAUACUACAGUACAGUAUAAGAAUUUGUGGUGUUUGAAUAUUUCUCAAAAAUGCCACGUUUGUCAAAAUUUCAAGUAUAUUUGACAGUUGGUGAUUGUUAAAACGAAAAUGAAACUAUGAAGUAACAUCUGAUUCAUAAUCUAACUCCAUUCAUAGCAAAUAUCAAUAGGCAUUGAAUCAACAUUUGAAUUUUUGUAUUUGGCAUUCAUAGGAAAAAAAGCGCAUGAAAAUAAGUUCAAUGAUGAGGAUUUCAUUUAUCUGUUUCUAUUUUUAUUGUUUUGUUGCAUUGGGACCUACAGAUGGCUGCUCUAAUGACAAUUAUCAUUUGGUGAGACAUGGCUGGGGAUUAUCUUCAAACUGCACCAAAAUUCGUAAAAUAUGGCCAAAAAACUUGAAAAAAUGUCUCAUGUCAGCAUGUACAUUUAGCAGCAAUUUGGUCACUUUCAAAUAUGAGAGACAUGAAAAAUAUUCCUGCUUUUUGUAUAGAUGUCAAUCAAAUAAUGAUGGAACUCACUGGAAUUAUGGAUGGCAAAAGAAUACAAAUGGGAACUUGUAUAAUACACACGCUUAUGCUUUGCCACAUCCUUCAACAAAAUGCCACAACUCUUAUUUUAUAAGGAAAACUUGGUUAACUCAUAGAAAUGCCAGUGAACUUUGCCCCAAUAGAACAGCAUAUGCAGCCGUUCAUGAUCUCCAUUCAUGUAUCGCACUUGCAUGCCGUAAAAAGGCAGAUGCUUUAGAUUAUUUAGUUGACAUAGGAACAUGUAAAAUAAUGCACUGCAAUUCGGAAAAUGAGACUUGGGAAUACGAGGACUAUUUCUCAAACAAAUUGAGAGUGUCUGAUAAAAUGCUGACAUAUAUCUUAUCAUCACAUAUAAUUGAAUCCAAAACAACGAAAGCACCAAGAAAUUCUGAAACCAGAUUUACAAGGCAAAUCCCAAAAGUGACAACAAAUGCCAAUAUUAUCCAAGAAACUGUUAAUAAAACUUGCAAUUCCACGAAUGACCAAAUAGAAAACACUGGAUCGCAAAACAUGGAUUUCAAAACAUUUGCCAUAGUGAUGACUGGAACAACAGUUGUAUUCUUUAUAAUAGGCACUGUUAUAGCAGCAUACAUUGUCAUGCAAAAAUUCAAAAGAAAGAGUCAAACAACACCUAGAAAUAUCCCCAUGCGGUCUUCAGGUAUCUCAACAGUUAGAUACUCCCAGGCAUCAACAUAUAUUUCACCUUACACAGCAAUUGACGAAUCUAGGAUGCUUCAACUU